AAUUGCUUAAAUGAAAUUACACUAGAAUUUCAGGGAUGUGUUAAUGGUCAUCGUUGGAUAUACAAAAAAUGGUGUAGCGCUUAUGGCUUGUGUUUUGUGGGUUUUGGUGGUUUUUGUUUUACAUUUUCAGCUUCUUUGUCUCUUUCUGAUGAUGGUAAAUAGACUGGUUAUUAUAUAGCACUUUUCUAAUCUGAGCACUCAAAGUGCUUGACACAACUUGUACAUUUAGAUGUACUGUCAAGUAGGAUUUUUCUCUGUGUUUAGUGCAGUGUGAUACAUGCAAAUUCUUGUUAGUGUUUGUAGUUUUGUGCUGAUAGUGUUGGUGGAACUGUCCCUUUAGCACCACCAUUAGGUAAUUUUGUGAAUAGUUUUGACACAUAGUGGCAUUGCAGGAAGUGGAAGAAAGAAAGUUUUAAGGAAGUUACACAUGGCUGCCACCAAUCCACAUGCAUUGGGCCUCAAUCAUUAGUCUGUUGUGGCAUUGUCUGUAUGUUUACUGUUUAUUUGAUACUUACGUCUACACAGCAAAAAUGCCAGUGUUGAUUUUUCAGUGUUAGUUGAAUUCAACAGAGUUCGGAGUCUGAUCAACACUUAAUCGAGUUAAAAUACCACAUCGGGAGUGGAUUCCUGAAAAGUGUUAGUGUGGAUUUUAGUUGUUACUGCAUUUUAACACUAUGAGUUUUAAAUUAGACCACACCCUCAUUUCCUGUGGAGCAGCGCAUUUCAGAAUCUUCUUCGGUCGCCAUCUUUUCUUGCUGCUGCGAUGUCAUCAUGUUGCUGAAAGUCAAGUACCAAAGUUCCAAGAAGUACAUACGGUUACAGCCAGGUUUCACAUACUUGGAGUUCAUCAGUGAAGUGAAAAACAAGUUUGGACUUCCUGAUGUUACUGAACUGCACAUUUUUGAUGAGACUGACACAGCGGUGGAGGAAGACAUCUUUCUUGAACUUAUAGAGGCCAAUCCUGACAUAUGCCUGACUGUAUGUGACAGUGCAGCAGGAGAUGCUCAUUCAACAUCAUCGUCCCUCACGGAUACCAUGUCUCUGUCCUCAAGUGACAGUGAUCUUCACAGAGAUUUGGGGAUCCCCGUUACUGGAAGUAGACUGAGCACUGGGGCCAAGAACAAGCCUACCACAGAAGUUUCGGAGUCAGAGGCUGCAAAAGAGAUGGUAGAAAAUGCAUUGCGCAUAAAACCUGGAGGUGAGGAUGUCUUGGAGGAGUACAAGUCUGAGAAAUCACUGCAGCAUCGCACGCGCAGGCAGCUUGUUAACAUACUAGCUAGUCACAUGACUGAGAUGCAUGGGAGGAUUCCUUCACGUAAGCAGAAAGAGAAGUAUGCCUUGGGAAUCAUUACACUUUUUCCUUCGCUGAAGGAUCCUUUUUCUCCAAAAGGCUAUGAGCACUUCUAUGAUGGAGAAAAAGGCACAGGAUAUUUAGCAUGGCGCCUCAAAACCAUGUCCAGGAGUAGAGAUCGGAGGCCAGAGAAGGUAGCCACAUCUCCUCAAGCGCAAGGACCAAACCGCAGAAGAUCAACAGUGACAGUGCCUCAACAGCUUGAUGGAGAUGCCUGCAGGGAGGCUGUAUCGUUUCUUCUUCACUGUAAUGAUGAGACAGUCAUCUUUGAAAAGAUGAAGAUGACCUUUCAACAUCGGCAGAACCUCGUGCAUGAUCCACAGAGAACGACAGAUGUCCUCAAAACCAGUGGUAAUAGCAUAGGGCUCAAUUCCAUGCAGACUCUUUGCCUUGUAAGAAACCUUCCACUCAUUUUUGGUGAUCUUCUGCCUGAGGGAAACCCAAACUGGACUUUGCUGUUGCUUUUAUUACAGAUCAUUAACAUAAUAUUUUCUCCUUCUCUUACAUUAGGCAUGACUAUACAUUUGAAGCAUUUGAUAAUAGAACAUCAUGUUUUGUUUAAACAGUUGUAUCCAAAUAGGAACCUCAUCCCAAAACAUCACUUUAUGAUACACUAUCCUUCCUGCAUAAGAAAAAUUGGGCCUCUGAUACAUAUGUGGAGCAUGCGAUUUGAGGCUAAACAUAAGGUUUUCAAAAAUACUGUAAAAAACUUCAAAAAUGUUACAAAGUCACUUGCAAGAAAACAUCAAAUCUUCAUAGGAUACCACUGGGAGACGUCACCUUUAAACCACAUCGAAUAUGGACCCUUAAAAUCAUUUAAUUUGGACCGUGAGGACAAUACACAGAUGUUUGCAAGAGCACUGCAUGCUGCACCGAGAGACUUAUUUUCUUCUAGCUGGAUCAAAUUUUCUGGAACAGAGUACAGAAAAGGACUAAUCAUUUGCAUUAAUGUUGAAAAUGAAAUGCCUGUAUUUGGUAGAAUAACAACGAUCCUCUUAGCUGACAGUACUACGUUCUUCCUUGUGGACAAACUUCUGGUUGAUAACUUGAAUGAGCAUUUUCAUGCCUACAGAGUGUUUGAGACUGAUGAAAAGGAUGUUAUAAAAGCAGACAAUCUUAUCAUUUACAAACCCUUUGACCUGCAACAUGCACAUACUGGUGUUGACUGUUUAUAUGUUGUUCCUUUAUUUUAUUUGUAGUUGUAUUAAGGCAGCAAAUUGGUGGCCAGUUUGUAUUGGUGCUUGGAACACUUCCUUUGGAAUAAAAUGUUUGUUUAAUUUGUU